AUGGGCCUCUGCUUGGCGCCGGCAAUGCUGCUGCUGUUGCUGGGGUCACCCAGCUCGGCCGCACGGAACCGAUGCUUGGACGCGGCCGAGGCGUGCACGGCGGACGCGCGGUGCCAGCGGCUGCGCACCGAAUACGUGGCUCAGUGCCUGGGUCGGGCCGCGUCCGGGGGCUGCCCCCGCGCCCGCUGCCGCCGCGCCCUGCGCCGCUUCUUCGCCCGCGGGCCGCCUGCGCUCACCCACGCGCUGCUCUUCUGCCCGUGCGUCAACGCCGCGUGCGCCGAGCGCCGGCGCCAGACCUUCGUGCCCGCCUGCGCCUUCGCGGGGCCCGGCCCGGCACCGCCCUCCUGCCUCGCACCCUUAGACGCCUGCGAGCACAGCCGGAUCUGCCGGUGCGGGGGCAGGCGGGGCGGGGACUGGGCGGGGAUGGGCGGGGCCUCCCGCUCACCGCCCUCGGGUCGCGCCGCGCAGGCCCCGCCUCCUGGCCUUCCAGGCCUCCUGCGCGCCCGCCCCCAGCGCCCCCGACGGCUGCCUGCAGGAUCAGGCCCCCGGCUGCCUGCGCGCCUACGCGGGCCUCCCCUCGGGGCCCCCGCAGGCACCGCGGUCACUCCCAACUAUGUGGACAACGCGAGCGCGCGCGUGGCGCCCUGGUGCGAUUGCGGAGCCAGCGGAAACCGGCGUGAGGAGUGCGAAGCCUUCCGGGGGCUCUUCACCAGGAACCGCUGCUUGGAUGGUGCCAUACAGGCCUUUGAUGCUGGGUGGCCUCCAAUCCUGCAGGACCAGCCAGAUGUCCACCAGGACCCUGAGCACAGCCUCCUGCAAGUGUCCUCCGCAGAUGGGCUCCUGGUUGGAAGCUCCCUGCUCUCCAUGCUCCCUGUCCUGGCUCUGCAGCCCCUGCUCUGACUAGGACAGCUGACCUUGGACAACAUCACUGUCCCAUCCUGCCUGGGGUACAGGGCCCCAUCUGCACCCUAGGGCCCCACUGAAAGUGGACUGGCUUGCCUCCCAAGCUGGUCCCAGUGCUCUUGCCCUGCUGCCCUUUUUAGGUCUGGACACCCUGUGUGCCUGUCCCCUAGAGUGAGGGAUGUGGGCUGAGGGCCUGAUGCAAAGCCCAUAGUUUCCCUUUCAGUGGGUUUCUUGGUUGUAGGUCCCUCUCUCCCCUGACCUUGGAACAGUUGGGUUCUCCCACAGGGUAGGGAUGGGAGGGGGUCACCUGCGUAGCUGAGGCCUCACUGGGGCCCCAGAUCUAGAAGUCAGAAACCAUCCAAAUUCCCAGAAUUUUAAGAGCUUUUACCAGCUUCUCCAAACAGAACAUGCCCUAAGGAGUACAUCUGAAUAGACUUCAGGCAAAACGCUUUUGAACGCUGCAGGCUUUCAUCUAGGCCCCACUGACUAAUGUUGGUAAGGUUCUUCCCAACCAUGAUAUACUGCUUGGUGGGCACCACCUGGAGUGAGGAUCCAGUCCCCUGCGUUGCACUGGUCACAUGACCAUCUUUCCUAUGGUUUAACCUAGCACUACGAAUGGCUCUUUUUAUAGCUCA